AUGUCCUCAGCUCUAGCUAGCGGGAAAAUCGAAUUUUCUUCACAGCGCGAAAUAGCACACCUUCGUCAGGACUUGGCGGUUACGAAGGAAAUCUUGGCGAUUGUAAAGGAAGAGAAUGAACGCCUUUGCUCCGUUGUAGAAGUGCGCACCGUGGAGGUGGCCCGCUUAAAUGAGGACCUGGAAGAAACCAAGCGCCUGCUUCAGGACCAGGGACAUGCGCAUGAAAUGCAAAUAGCACGUUUACAGUCCGGUCAAGCCUCCUUGAAGGAGGAGCUUGCGGCGUCUCUUGCUGAGCGUAAACGUCUCUCAGAUCUUUUGCGCAGUGUAAAGGGUCAGGUGGAUGGGAGGUUGACUGCCUUAGUUGAGGAGCUUCAGCGCAAAGAUGAGGCUGUUCAUGGGCUAAGUUAUCGGAACAGGGAGUACGAAAGCGAAAUUGAACGGCUAAACCAAAUGGUAAAAACUGACAACUUUAUGGCAUCUGAGCUGGAAGAAAUACAGGCGAAGUACGCUAAGGCCUCAGCCGAAAUUUUUUGUUUUCAAGAACAGGUAGCUCAAUACCAAACGGAGUUAUCUUCCUCACGUGAAAAGAUGCAACAGUUGUCUGAUCAUUCAGUCGACGUCCCUCAAAAGGUGAUUCUGCAGGAGGCAGUUUCUUUGCUGACGCUGUAUCGACAAUGGCUUUUAGAAGUGAAUGUUUCAUUGUGGGAGAUGGAGGAUCGGAUAGAGACAUCCUUAAACGAUGGUAUAGAUUCACUUGCACACAUGACGAACCCGGGAGUCCCUUACAAACCUCCUACUGUGGAGCGGGAACGGUUACAGGCGAUGAAGAAAUUUGAACGCGAACGCAAACAUGUCGACUCCGCGGUGCAUCCCGACAGAUGUGAAAAGUUCGAGGACGCUUUUGCGGUUUCUGUUCAUGCCAUUCGAGAUGCCUGGGACGCCACACAACAUUCACUUGAAAAGGUGAAUGUUUUAUCACAGCAACUCGUAGAAACGUUGCGGUCUCUUGUGCAGGCGUCGGAGGAGUUGCACACCAAACCGGUAUCGUCUCUUCCGUCAGAAUCCGUGACGAGGGCCAAAGCUGCUUGGAACGAAGGCGCCCAAAGUGAACUUGUCGACUCACUAAAGGAAAGCUUCAAACUGCAGCUGCAGUUUUGGGACGACGAGCAACGCAAAAAGGAUGCGGAGAUAGCAAAUUUGAAGUCCAUAAUUUCCACCUUAGAGAGCCAGAAGGAGGUGCUCAGUGGCGAGAUAUUAAAAGAAAAACAGAACGCAGUCGAUGCCUCCCUCAGCAGUGCGUUGAAGUUGAACGAGCUGGAACGCAAGCUGCGGGAAGCUGUGAGAUCGGGUGAGGCUGUGGCUGCCGAAACGCUGGGCGCCCUGCAGCUAGAGCAGGAGAGGGAGCGAAAAGAGAUGGCCGAGGCGAAUUUGCGACUAAAAAAAACUCUUGAGGAGGAAGCUGCGAGUGUUGAAAGUAUGAAGCAACUGCUUAUUGAGAGUAAACGGCGGCGGGUCGCGCUUAAAGAUGAGAAUGGAGUCCUUCGAAAGCAACUGCAAGCGACAGAGGACCAUCUCAAUGCUCUCCGGCUGGAAUUGCUUGAAGCCAAGCAAACGAUUGAAUUACUGCACGCCGAACUCCGUUUCGCCGCAACCAAUCAGGAGCGACCAAAUUCCUCUUCACAUUCAAAAGCUUUUCUCGCGUUCAAAAACAGGAUUCAAAAGUCCCCACUCGAGGCAAAAACGGUAUGUUUACCUAGGGCGCUUUGA